AUGACACAGAUGGGCCAAGGAACACAGAGUUUAAAGUAUAAGACCGUGAUUAUGAGUGACCAAAUCAAAUUCAUUGUGGACAAUCUCAAUAAGGAGCCUUUUAGGAAGAGCUAUAAUUUAAUCACAUUUGAUUCCCUGGAGCCAAUGCAACUAUUACAAGUUCUCAAUGAUGUUCUGGCUGAGAUUGACCCAAAGCAAGUUGUUGAUAUCAGAGAGGAGAUGCCAGAGCAAACAGCCAAACGGAUGUUAAGCCUCCUUGGUAUCCUUAAAUACAAACCUCCAGGAAAUGCCACAGACAUGAGUACCUUUCGUCAGGGUUUGGUGAUUGGAAGUAAACCUGUAAUUUACCCUGUGCUCCACUGGCUUCUUCAGAGGACUAAUGAGCUAAAGAAAAGAGCAUAUUUAGCUCGUUUCUUAAUAAAACUGGAGGUACCAAAUGAGUUUCUUCAGGAUGAAACUGUGGCUGAUACCAAUAAACAGUAUGAAGAGUUGAUGGAAGCCUUUAAAACUUUGCAUAAAGAAUGUGAGCAGCUUAAGACAUCUGGAUUUUCCACAGCAGAAAUAAGAAGGGAUAUCAGUGCAAUGGAGGAAGAAAAGGAUCAGCUCAUUAAGAGAGUUGAACGUUUGAAGAAAAGGGUGGAGACAGUUCAGAAUCAUCAGCGGAUGCUUAAAAUAGCAAGACAACUUCGAGUUGAAAAAGAGAGGGAAGAAUUUCUUGCACAACAGAAACAGGAACAAAAAAAUCAGCUAUUUCAUGCAGUGCAGAGACUGCAAAGAGUACAAAACCAGCUGAAAAGUAUGCGCCAUGCAGCAGCAGAUGCAAAGCCUGAAAGUUUAAUGAAGAGACUAGAGGAGGAGAUAAAGUUUAAUUCAUAUAUGGUAACUGAAAAAUUUCCUAAAGAAAUAGAGAACAAGAAAAAAGAAUUGCAUUUUUUACAAAAAGUGGUGUCAGAGCCUGCUAUGGGCCAUUCUGAUCUUCUUGAACUUGAAUCUAAAAUAAAUGAAAUAAAUACACAGAUCAAUCAGCUGAUUGAAAAGAAAAUGUUGAGAAAUGAGCCAAUUGAAGGCAAACUCUCACUAUAUAGGCAACAGGCAUCCAUCAUUUCACGUAAAAAAGAAGCAAAAGCUGAGGAACUGCAGGAAACAAAGGAGAAGUUAGCCAGCCUCGAGCGGGAGGUGUCUGUGAAGACGAACCAGGCCCGGGAGUUUGAUGGCACUGAAGUUCUGAAGGGUGAUGAGUUCAAGCGAUAUGUCAGCAAACUUCGAAGCAAGAGUACAGUUUUCAAAAAGAAGCAUCAGAUAAUAGCUGAAUUUAAAGCUGAGUUCGGUCUCUUACAGAGGACAGAAGAACUCCUUAAACAACGUCUUGAAAAUAUUCAGCAUCAACUGCAAACCAUUGAGGAGAAAAAGGGUAUAUCUGGAUAUAGUUACACCCAAGAAGAGCUGGAGAGAGUGUCUGCACUGAAGAGUGAAGUUGACGAAAUGAAAGGACGGACCCUGGAUGACAUGUCUGAAAUGGUAAGAAAACUGAAUUCACUGGUAUCUGAAAAGAAGUCGGCUCUAGCCCCAGUUAUAAAAGAACUACGACAACUGCGUCAAAAAUGUCAAGAACUAACCCAGGAGUGUGAUGAAAAGAAAUCACAGUAUGAUAGCUGUGCAGCAGGCCUUGAAAGCAAUCGGUCCAAAUUGGAACAGGAAGUCAGAGGACUCCGUGAAGAAUGUCUUCAAGAAGAAAGUAAAUACCAUUAUACAAAUUGCAUGAUUAAGAACCUGGAAGUUCAACUUCAUCGCGCUGUUGAUGAGAUGAAGGCAUAUGUCUCUUCCGACCAACAAGAAAAAAGAAAAGCUAUUAGGGAACAGUAUACCAAAAAUAUUGCUGAACAAGAAAAUCUUGGAAAGAAACUUCGGGAGAAACAAAAAGCUGUCCGAGAAAGUCACGGUCCAAAUAUGAAACAAGUGAAAAUGUGGCGUGAUUUUGAACAGUUGAUGGAAUGUAAGAAACAGUGCUUUCUGAAACAACAAAACCAAACUUCCAUCGGUCAGGUAAUUCAGGAGGGAGGAGAGGAUCGGCUGAUACUCUGA